GAUAAUUCCAGAAGAAGCGUCGCACUUCUUUAGCCUCUCUGCUCACGUUACCUACCGGUAGUGGGACUGCGCCUCGGUACUAACAUUAAAAGGCAGGGAAUAUCGAAUAUUUGUCAAUAUUAUUCACUGUUUGACGGUUCAACUCGUUUUAUUACAUUUAGUUAGCCGAGCUGUCAAAAAUGUUGAGCGUUGCCAGAAGCGUUUCAAGGACUCUGGCGACAAGAAAUUGCGCACGCAAUGUGUCUUCUCUGCUAACCAAGGCUCACAGGAAUGGCCCCCAAUCUGAUGCUCUCCGAGCCCUGUCCAGAAGAGACUAUGCGUCCGAAGCCAUCAAGGGAGCAGUCAUUGGAAUUGACCUGGGAACCACAAACUCAUGUGUUGCUGUCAUGGAGGGUAAACAAGCAAAGGUGCUGGAGAAUGCCGAGGGAGCCAGGACAACUCCUUCUGUGAUUGCUUUCACCGCAGAGGGCGAACGCCUGGUUGGCAUGCCUGCUAAACGCCAGGCUGUCACCAAUCCUCAAAAUACAUUGUACGCCACAAAGAGACUCAUUGGCCGCCGCUUUGAUGACGCCGAAGUCCAGAAAGACUUGAAGAAUGUGCCCUACAAGAUUGUGCGUGCUUCUAAUGGGGAUGCUUGGGUGGAGGCUCAAGGAAAAAUGUACUCACCUAGCCAGGCUGGGGCCUUCGUCCUGAUGAAGAUGAAGGAGACUGCCGAGAACUACUUGGGAACUAAAGUGAAGAAUGCUGUCAUCACAGUACCAGCUUACUUCAAUGACUCUCAGAGACAGGCUACCAAAGAUGCUGGUCAGAUUGCUGGCUUGAAUGUCCUGCGUGUGAUCAAUGAGCCUACAGCGGCAGCGCUGGCCUAUGGCUUGGACAAAACCCAGGACAAGAUUAUUGCCGUGUACGAUCUCGGUGGAGGUACAUUUGAUAUCUCCAUCUUAGAGAUACAGAAGGGCGUUUUUGAGGUGAAGUCCACAAACGGCGACACCAUCCUUGGAGGCGAGGACUUUGACCUGCCACUACUCAAACACAUUGUCAAGGAAUUUAAGAGAGAGUCUGGUGUGGAUCUGAUGAAAGACAGCAUGGCCCUCCAAAGAGUCCGAGAGGCUGCCGAGAAGGCCAAGUGUGAGCUGUCGUCUUCGCUGCAGACCGACAUCAAUCUCCCCUACCUGACCAUGGAUGCGUCCGGCCCCAAACAUCUCAACAUGAAGGUGACCCGUGCUCAGUUCGAAGGCCUCGUGGUCGACUUGAUCCGUCGCACGAUGGCUCCCUGUCAGAAGGCCAUGCAAGACGCAGAGGUGUCCAAGGGUGACAUUGGAGAGGUGCUUCUGGUUGGAGGCAUGUCACGUAUGCCCAAGGUACAGCAAACUGUCCAGGACUUGUUUGGCCGUGCGCCCAGCAAAUCUGUCAACCCGGACGAGGCUGUUGCCAUAGGAGCAGCCAUCCAAGGUGGCGUCCUAGCAGGAGAUGUGACUGAUGUGCUGCUUUUGGAUGUGACACCACUGUCACUGGGAAUUGAGACUCUGGGUGGGGUUUUCACCAAACUUAUUAACCGGAACACAACCAUUCCCACCAAGAAGAGCCAGGUUUUCUCCACAGCAGCAGACGGACAGACUCAAGUGGAGAUCAAAGUGUGUCAGGGUGAGAGGGAGAUGGCGACAGACAACAAGGUGCUGGGUCAGUUUACUUUGGUGGGACUCCCCCCCGCGCCCCGUGGUGUUCCUCAAAUUGAAGUCACCUUUGACAUUGAUGCCAAUGGCAUCGUCCACGUGUCAGCCAAAGACAAAGGGACAGGCCGGGAACAGCAGAUUGUUAUCCAGUCAUCAGGAGGUCUUAGUAAAGAUGACAUUGAGAACAUGGUCAAGAACGCUGAGAAGUAUGCAGAGGAGGACAGGAGGAGAAAGGAGCGUGUGGAGGCUGUAAAUAUGGCUGAGGGCAUUGUUCAUGAUACAGAGUCAAAGAUGGAGGAAUUCAAGGACCAGCUUCCUGCUGAUGAGUGUGCCAAGCUGAAGGAAGAGAUCACGAAGGUCCGGGAUCUUCUGACCAACAAGGAUUCAGAAACGGGAGAGAACAUCAAGCAGGCAGCAAGCAACCUUCAACAGGCGUCACUCAAGCUCUUUGAAAUGGCCUACAAGAAGAUGGCGUCAGAACGCGACAGCAGCUCCGGCUCCAGCUCCAGCUCCAGCUCAGAGAGCGAGAAGAAAGAGGGCCAGCAGUAGACUGUUGCACUGGGUUUUUGUUGUCAGUUUGACAACAGGACUGGAGGGGAUGGAAAGGCUGUUGUGAAGCAGGAUUAUGUAUGGAUGUAUGGAUGCAUGUAUGCGUUUUGAUGUGGAUAUAUGCAGGCAUUGAACUGAAAUUUGGGUAGGUGGGUCACAAUUAUGUUGCAGUCUUUUGUAAUAAAAAAAAAAAAAAAAAAAAAAAA